AUGGCUCAUCACGCAAACGAAGAUGCGAGGGGCAAACCAGGUAAUUAUACUAUGAUGCAGUACUUUGAGUGGUAUUGCCCCUCUGGAGGUGUACAUUGGAAGAAAUAUGCGGAUGAUGCAGAACACCUAGCUGAUAUUGGUAUAACCGCUUGUUGGUUACCUCCCCCUACGAAAGGAUCAAGUCCUGAAGGCACAGGAUAUGAUGUCUACGAUCUUUGGGAUUUGGGCGAAUUCGACCAGAAAGGAAGUAAACCCACUAAAUGGGGAUCUAAAGAGGAUUUGUUGGAUGCUAUAAGGAAAGCAAAAGACAAUGGUAUAAUCAGUUAUAUCGACGCGGUAUUAAACCAUAAAGCCGGAGCAGAUGAUAAAGAAGAAUUCCUCGCUACGAUGGUUGAUCAAAAUGAUAGGAAUAAGUUAGUUGGCGAGAUGCACAACAUCGAAGGAUGGACCAAAUUUACAUUCCCCGGUCGAGGUGAUACUUAUUCCCCACUGAAAUGGAAUUAUAAUCAUUUCACAGGGGUGGAUUAUGAUGCUAAGACGGAGACUAAAGCUAUCUUCAAGAUCCAAGGUGAUGGUAAGGGCUGGGCUGAAGAUGUUGACGAUGAGAAUGGUUCAUAUGAUUAUCUUAUGUUUGCCGACAUCGACCACAAUCAUCCCGAAAUAGAGCAAGAGCUAUAUAAAUGGGGUGAUUGGAUCUUGAAAGAGACUGGAGCAUAUGGAUUCAGAUUCGAUGCUGUCAAACAUAUUUCCCAAUCGUUCAUUGGAGAAUUUGUCAAACAUGUUAGAUCCUCAGAAGGAGGUAAAGCAAAAGCUUUCUGUGUAGGAGAAUUCUGGCAUGAUUCCGUCGAUGCCCUUGUCGAGUAUGUCGAGGGACUCGGAACGCAAUUCUCAUGCUUCGAUUCUUGUCUUCAAGAUAACUUCCAUACCGCAGGCGAAGAAAGAGAGAAUUACGAUCUCCGACAGAUCUUUGAUAAUACCCUUGUGCAAAGAAGACCUAUCGAUGCAGUCACUCUGGUUGACAAUCACGAUACGCAAGUCGGACAAUCGCUUCAAAGAUGGGUAUCGUCAGCCUUCAAACCUUUGGCAUAUGCGUUGAUUCUCCUGCGGGUUGAUGGCUAUCCAUGCGUAUUCUACGGCGAUCUGUACGGUACAGGAGGUGAUAAUCCCCAACAACCCGUUGCUCAACUUGAAGAUAUCAUCAGAGCCAGAAAGCUAUUCGCUUAUGGAGAAUUGAACGAUUACUGGGAUCAUCCCAACUGCGUCGCUUGGUUACGAAAAGGUGACGAAGAACACGAUGGCUGUGUGGUAGUGAUCUGUAAUGGAAAAGAAGAUGGAUCCAAGAAGAUUUCAGUUGGAAAAGAACAUUCCGGUGAGAAAUGGACGGAUGUCAUGGGUUGGCACCAGGGUGAAGUAACUAUUGAUGAUGAGGGAUGGGCAGAGUUCUUCUCCCCUCCUGAGAGUAUCUCAAUUUGGACUAAGGUUGAUGCGAGAGGUAGAGAAGAGUUCAAGAAAGAUUAG